GGGAGGCAUGCCGGUGGAGCAGAGAGCUGGUAUCCGGUCCACAAGCACAAGGCAGAGACUGACAGUGAGAAGGGUGUGGCCUUCUGAAAUCUUAAAGCGCACCCCCAGUGGGACACCUCCUCCAAAAUCCUUCUCAAACAGUUCCACCAGCUAAGGACCAAGCAUUGGAACACAUGAGCUUAUGGGGCCCACUCUCAUUCAAAGCACCACAGGAAGAGCUGAUUUGGACAGCUUGACUCGGCUGAAAUUAAGACGCAUACAUCCUAUUGUAUAGAGCUGUGUGACAUCUUCCUGAUCAGGAAGCUGAGUACUUGACUCCUUGGUUCUUGAAAAACAUACUGGAACACAUGAACAGGAGUCCUUGCCAUCUCACUGUGUGAUUCCCCAGAGUUGGGUGCUAGAGUGGAAGCCACCUCCCCCAUUGACUAGAGAGAGUCGAAGUGACAGAAACCAAGAGAUGGUGGGAAAAGCGAUUGUUCCAGGUACCACACAGUUACGACGACCAGCCCUCGGAAUCAGCAGCGACCCCACUACAGAGCAACAGCCCACCCUACCUACGCCGCAGGAACUGUCAGCCUUGCUGUGGGUCUGAAGACAGACAGGGAGUGUCUGGUUCUUGCGACUGGGUAAAGGGACAAAGCAUUUGGCCCAAGAGACUUUGAGUCUCUUGGAGACCAAGUCCAGAAGCAUAUCCUGGGACAAUGGCGGUGGCCCUGCUGGAGGAGUGGUGCAAGAUCAUGGAUGUAGACGUCCAGAAGUCACUGCUGGUGGUUGACAUUCCGGUGGACUGUGGUGAACCUGAGAUCCAGACAGUCCUCCAGGAGGCGCUGAAGUGUGUUGGCAGCUACCGGCUACUAGGCAAGAUAUUUCAGAAGCAGGACAACACCAGUGCUGUCUUACUGGAACUUAUGGAGGACACAGAUAUGUCUGUGGUCCCCAGUGAGGUGCAGGGAAAGGGAGGUGUCUGGAAAGUGAUCUUCAAGACCCCUAAUCAGGACACUGAGUUUCUCCAAAGACUGAACCUCUUUCUAGAAAAAGAAGGGCAGACGGUCGCAGGGAUGUUCAGAGCCCUUAAGCAUGAGGGAGUGUCUCCAGCCACCACACCCUGCACAUCCCCUGAGUUAUUGGCCCAUUUGGUGGGGCAGGCAAUGGUUCAUGGCCAGAGGCCUCUGUUGCCUGUGAAGUACUGUAAGAUGAGAGUAUUCUCUGGGAGCACAGCAGCUGCCCCAGAGGAGGAGCCCUUUGAGGUCUGGUUGGAACAGGCCACUGAGAUAGCCAAGGAGUGGCCCAUCCCUGAAGCAGAAAAGAAAAGGUGGGUGACAGAGAGCCUCCGUGGCCCUGCCCUGGACCUCAUGCACAUAGUACAGGCAGACAACCCUUCCAUCAGUGUGGGGGAAUGCCUGGAGGCCUUUAAGCAGGUGUUUGGGAGCAUGGAGAGCCGUAGAACCUCACAGGUAAAAUACCUAAAAACCUAUCAGCAAGAAGGGGAGAAAAUCUCAGCCUACGUGCUCCGGCUGGAAACUCUGCUCCGGAGAGCUGUGGAAAAAAGGGCCAUCCCCCGGAACAUUGCCGACCAGGUACGCCUGGAGCAGGUCAUGGCUGGUGCCAACCUCAGCAAUGUUCUGUGGUGCAGGCUACGGGAGCUGAAAGAUCAGGGCCCACUCCCCACCUUUUUGCAGCUGAUGAAGGUCAUACGUGAGGAAGAAGAAGAAGAAGAAGAGGCCUACUUUGAACAUGAGAGCAGGGAGGAGCCGGGGGAAAGGGAAGGCUCUGGCUGCUGGAACAAUUCAAGAAAGACCUGAGAGACAUCCCCACUCCGUCCCCGAUCUGGCGGGCAUACAGACGAUGCUUGACAGGGCUGAUCCCACUCCAGUGGAUUCUUCUUAAGUGCAGGACUGAAGUUAAACAUUAGGACUGAAGGUUUUUGUCUUUUCUUUCUUUUAUUUUGUUUUGAAAGGGUCUCACCUUAUAGCCCAAGUUGGCCUUGAACUGACAUUCUUCCUGCCUCAACCUCCCAAAUUCAGAGUUCUGGGAUUAGAGGAAUAUUCCACCACUCGAUCCCCAGCUCCGUUUUUCUUUCUGAGAAAAAAAAAAAAUACAAGACUGAGUUCCAGUACGUAAACCUUCUGAACUUUAGUUUCCUCUAAGUACACCAGGGUUGGCCAAGUCACUUUCCAUUCUCUUCAGAGGGAGUAACAGUGUGAACAGGAGAUAGGAAUUGGCCAGUCGGGGGCUGGAGAGAUGCUCAGCCAUUAAGCACACUUGCUAUUCUUUUGGAGGAGCUCAGAUCGCAGCACCCAUGCAGUGGUUCACAACUCUAACGGGGAUCCAACACCUUCUUCUGGUCUCUUUGGGCACUUCACAUAUGCGGUACACAUGCAUACAUGC